UUGUCACAGCCCCCACUACUAUGUUCUUAACAAUAUUAUUGUGUUUCACAACCAUCUUUACCACGUUUUGCUGAAAUAAAGUAAUUGUUUGUAAUUUACAAAAUUAAUUUACUUGUUUAAGUUGAUUUAUAAAAAAAAUAAUGGAUUUACCUAACAUAUCUGGCCAAUUCAGUGAUGCCGAUGAGGAUGAUGUUAACAAUGAAAAUAAGCACAAUGGAACUCCAGCAUUUAAAGAAAAUACUCUCGAGAAAUUGGAGAAUUUGGAUAUAAUAGAUUCUGAUGAAGAUGAAGUGAGUUAUGAUGACAGUGAUUGUGAUUGGGAUUAUAUUCAAAAUUAUUCUGGUCAAUCAAUUCGAUUAAAAAAUAAUCGUCAACAAAGUGCUAAUUCUCAAGUUGAAUCCAAAAAAAUGUCGAAUUUUCAACCCACUGAUAAACUGUUUCAUCGUUAUGCUAAUAAAAUUAAUUUAGAGAAAUAUGAGGGUCCAUCUUUACCGAAUCAUGCAACUAAUAGUUUAAUUGAAAAAAAUCGACGUGUUGAUAAAGAUCGUAUUCGAAUAAAAGAUAAACAUGAUCGUGCUACUGUUGAACAAGUUAUGGAUCCAAGGACACGUAAAAUUCUUUUUAAAAUGCUUACACAAGGAAUUAUAAGUGUAAUGAACGGUUGUAUUUCGACUGGGAAGGAGGCAAAUGUUUAUCAUGCAACAUCAAAAACAGGUGUUGAUUUUGCUAUUAAAAUUUAUAAAACAUCAAUUUUAAAUUUUAAGGAUCGUGAUAAAUAUGUAACUGGAGAAUUUCGUUUUCGUCAUGGUUAUUGUAAAAGUAAUCCACGUAAAAUGGUUCAAACGUGGGCAGAAAAAGAAAUGCGUAAUCUCUUACGUUUACAACAAGCUGGUGUUAAUUCACCUAAACCAAUUAUGUUACGCAAACAUGUUUUAUUAAUGGAUUUUAUUGGUCAAGAAGGAUGGCCUGCACCAAAAUUAAAGGAUGUUGAUCUUUGUACAUCCAAAUUACGAUCGUUAUAUCGAGAAUGCAUUGAAAUUAUGUGGAAACUUUAUAAUAAAUGUAAAUUAGUUCACGCUGAUUUGAGUGAAUAUAAUUUACUCUAUUGUGAUUCGAGUAUAGUUGUAAUUGAUGUUUCUCAAUCCGUUGAACAUGAUCAUCCUAUGGCUUUUGAGUUUUUAAGGAAAGAUUGUACAAAUAUUACUGAAUUCUUUAAAAAAAGAGAUGUUGCUGUAAUGUCAUUGAAAGCACUUUUUAAUUUCAUUACUGAUCCAACUGUAUCCGAAGAAAAUAUGGAAGAAUAUUUGGAUUUAGCAUCGGAGAAAAUGACACAAAAUUUACAAUCAUUAAAUCCUGAAGAGCAGGUGGAAGAAGAAGUGUUUAAACAAGCUUAUAUUCCUCAACGACUUGAUGAGGUGAUCGAUGUUGAAAGAGACAUAAAUUUAGCCAAAUCAGGGAAAGAAGAAUUAAUUUAUAAAACUUUAAUUGGUAUGAAAUCAGAUCUAUCAAAACCAGUAGAAAUUCCAGAAAUUAUUGCCACUAAAGAUGGUAAUUUAAAUGAUGAUAUUUCUUCGAGUAAUAGUGAUGUAGAUUCUGAUUCGGAAAAUUCUGAUAACGAGAUGAAUAAUGAAGAUGAAAAGAAUUCUAAAUUUAUAAAUGCAGCUAGGCCACGAAAUGAAAGUUUAGAGAGUAAAAAGGCACGGAAAAAGGCAGUAAAAGAAGAACAGUCAGAAAAAAGAAAAAACAAAAUUAAAAAACAUGUCAAAAAAAGAAAAGAGAAAUUGGCCAAAAAGAAGUAAAUAAUUUAUGAUAUCUAGGUAAGAAUCCCAAAAAAUGAAAUUGUUAUUUUGUAUUAUAAUAAUAAAAAAAAGAAUCCAAAAAGAAAA